UUAGCAGUCUGAUAAGAUCCUUCACUUCGCCAAUUUGAGAACUGGUAUUGUCUCGUUCGGAUCUAUUACCCAUGGAAGAUGAUAAGAAGACAGAAUCAACGAACAAGAACGUUAAGAAAGCUAACCUGUUAGACCACAACUCCGUCAAGCACAUUCUCGACGAAUCCGUCUCCGAUAUCGUUACGAGCCGAGGUUACAAGGAGGAUGUGAGGCUAAGCAACGUCAAAUUUCUGUUAGGGGCGAUUAUUAUCGUGGUCGCUCUUGUUGCCCAAUUCUACAAUAAGAAGUUCCCUGAAAACAGAGACUUUCUGAUCUGUUGCAUCGGAUUGUAUGUGGUGUUGACUGCGGUAAUGCAGCUGAUUUUGUACACUAAGGAGAAGAAUGCGAUAUUGUUCACCUAUCCUCUUGAGGGAUCAUUCACCAGCACCGGUUUGGUUGUAUCUUCCAAGUUGCCAAGAUUCUCUGAUCAGUACACUCUCACCAUCGACAGUGCUGAUCCGAAAUCAAUCUCAGCUGGGAAGUCAGUCCACUUAACCAAAAGUGUCACUCAAUGGCUCACCAAAGAUGGAGUUCUUGUUGAGGGUUUAUUCUGGAAAGAUGUUGAAUCCCUAAUCAAGAAGUAUGCAAGAGCAGAAGAACCAAAGAAGAUGAGGUGAUGUGAUCUUUAGUGGAAAUGUAUGUUCUUCUUUUUUUGUUUUUUCUCUAAAUGUUAAAAAAACUUUUCUAGAGAUAACUCAAAUCGACAUUGACUUUACACCUU